CUCGGCUGUCGAAUAAAUAUUCGCAAAGCUACCGUUUCUCCUUUGCGGUGUAUUCUCCCUGAACUUCAUUGCAUGUUCCACCAUGGCAGAUCCCAUUGAGAAGUCACAGCCCGCAGUUGGCGUGACGCAAGAUGACCAUGAACCAACAGCCGACACCGAAAAAGCUCCCCUUGCAGAUCAUGGAGCCGAAUCCCAGCUCCAUCGACGCCUGGGCACGCGCCAUCUUGCAAUGAUUGGCCUCGGAGGCUCCAUUGGCAUGGGGCUCUGGUUGGGAUCGGGUUCGUCAUUGUCAAAAGCCGGGCCAGCCAGUCUGUUCCUGGGAUACAUACUCACUGGGACCAUGAUCUGGGCUGUCAGCCAUAGUAUCGGAGAAAUGGCGGUCAUGUAUCCUCUUCCGAGUGCGUUCGUUCAAUGGACAAAUAUGUUUGUCGACCCAGCCGCAGGCUUUGCCCUGGGAUGGGCUUAUACAUUUGCCUACUGGAUCUCCAUCGCCAAUGAACUCCAAGGCGUUGUCACAGUCCUGUCAUUUUGGACCACCGCUAUCCCGGUCGCAGCUUGGAUUACGAUAUUCUGGGCCAUCAUCAUCCUCGUCAACAUCGGGCCCGUGAAAUGGUUUGCUGAAAUUGAGGUCGUUGCCUCCGCCAUCAAGUUUGGCUUCAUCUUCGUUGUCAUCAUUUCUGGCAUCGUCCUCUCCGCUGGCGGUGGGCCGAAAGGAGGUUACCCACCGGUGAAAGGCGGCACCAUCGGAUUCGAGUUUUGGAACAGUAUGCCGUUUAUCAACGGGGCAAAAGGUUUCUUUUCUAUCAUGCCGACUUGCAUCUUUGCUCUCGCCGGGUCCGAAAAUGCCAGCCUUGUUGCAGGCGAGACAACCAAUCCCCGCCGGUCAGUCCCCAAAGCAGUGGCCUCCAUUUGGGUACGACUCGCCUUGUUUUAUAUUGUCGGAGGCUUGAUUGUCACAAUCAAUGUCAGCCCCAAGGACCCCAAUCUAUUUGGAGGCAACGGCACAAAUGCUAGUCCCUUUGUUAUCAUGUACCGCAAUUGUGGUGUGAUGCCGCUGGCCCACAUCAUGAACGCUGUCAUCUUUAUUUCGGUGUUAUCCACUGGAACUAUCUCUGGAUACGGUGCCUCCAGAAUUCUUCUUGGCCUUUCACAGAUUGGCAUGGCUCCAAAGGUACUCCAAAAGACUGACAGCUGGGGCCGUCCAUGGUAUGGUCUGGUACCUACUCUCGUCAUCGGCGGUGGUCUCUCGUACAUCAACAUCAGCAAUAGUGGUGCCGAAGUCUUUACUUGGCUGUCGAACCUCUCCUCCCUCUUCACCCUCUUCGGUUGGGCAAUGAUCUGUCUCUCGCAUAUCCGCAUGCGACAUGCCAUGAAGAUUCAAGGUCGCGACCACGCCAACCUCCCUUGGAAGUCAUGGGUAUUCCCAUGGGCAGCAUAUUGGGGCUUGGCCUGGUGUUUUGUCCUUCUGAUCGUUCUGUUUUACCUCGCUAUUUCACCACUGAACGGGGAGACGAGUGCGGUUAAUUUCUUCUCCAGCUACGUCUCUGCGUUGGCUAUUUUGGCACUUUACAUCGGUGCCAAGAUCUAUUAUCGCGGAGGAAGAUGGGUCAACACAGCUGAGAUCGAUCUUGAUGCCUCUCGAAGAUUUUAUCACGAGACGCAGCUGGAGGAAACAGAUUACAAGAAUGGCUUCGUCCGGGCUAUUAGAACCGCCGUCUUUUAAGCCAAAUCCAAAUAGACACACCUCUAUUGCUCACGAAAGUCGUCUAACCUUUUUGGCUUAGUAAAAUGGUACCACGAUCAGAUGAUAGAAUGGCUUCUGUUCCCAUCUCCCAGCCCAUGCCGAAGAGUGAACUGAAUUUGACAGGAAAUGCGAAGAGGUCCAUUAAGUACCAGGUAAAUUGAAAGA